UUUUUUUUUUUUUUUUUUUUUAAACUAUGUUCUGUUGUUGAGGGGGAAAAAAAAAAAAGCAAAACCAAAAACAAAACAGCAGCUGCGGACUUGUCCCCGGCUGGAGCCCAGCGCCCCGCCUGGAGUGCAUGAGCCUCUCCAUGAGAGAUCCGGUCAUUCCUGGGACAAGCAUGGCUUACCAUCCGUUCCUACCUCACCGGGCGCCGGACUUCGCCAUGAGCGCGGUGCUGGGUCACCAGCCGCCCUUCUUCCCCGCGCUGACUCUGCCUCCCAACGGCGCCGCGGCGCUUUCGCUGCCGGGCGCUCUGGCCAAGCCGAUCAUGGAUCAAUUGGUGGGGGCAGCCGAGACCGGCAUCCCUUUCUCGUCCCUGGGGCCACAGGCACAUCUGAGGCCUCUGAAGACCAUGGAGCCCGAAGAGGAGGUGGAGGACGACCCCAAGGUGCACCUCGAGGCUAAAGAGCUUUGGGAUCAAUUCCACAAGCGAGGCACGGAGAUGGUGAUUACCAAGUCCGGAAGGCGAAUGUUUCCUCCAUUCAAAGUGAGAUGUUCUGGGCUGGAUAAGAAAGCCAAAUAUAUUUUAUUGAUGGACAUUAUAGCUGCUGAUGACUGUCGGUAUAAAUUUCACAAUUCUCGGUGGAUGGUGGCAGGCAAGGCUGACCCUGAAAUGCCAAAGAGAAUGUAUAUUCACCCGGACAGCCCGGCCACUGGGGAGCAGUGGAUGUCCAAAGUCGUCACUUUCCACAAACUGAAACUCACCAACAACAUUUCGGACAAACACGGAUUUACUAUAUUGAACUCCAUGCACAAGUACCAGCCCCGUUUCCACAUCGUCAGGGCCAAUGACAUCUUGAAACUUCCCUAUAGUACAUUUCGGACAUACUUGUUCCCGGAAACCGAGUUUAUCGCUGUGACGGCCUAUCAGAAUGAUAAGAUAACUCAGUUAAAAAUAGACAACAACCCUUUCGCAAAAGGUUUCCGGGACACUGGAAAUGGCAGAAGAGAAAAAAGAAAACAGCUGACCCUUCAGUCCAUGAGGGUGUUUGACGAAAGGCACAAGAAGGAGAAUGGGACCUCGGAUGAAUCCUCCAGCGAGCAGGCCGCCUUCAACUGCUUUGCCCAGUCUUCAUCCCCUGCAGUGUCCACGGUGGGGACAUCGAAUCUCAAAGAUCUGUGUCCCAGCGAGGCCGAGAGCGACGCCGAGGCUGAAAGCAAAGAGGAGCACGGCCCCGAGGCCUGCGACGCGGCCAAGAUCUCCACCACCACGUCGGAGGAGCCGUGUCGCGACAACAGCAGCCCGGCUGCCAAGGCGCACCUCUUCGCGGCCGAGCCCGGCGGCCGGCCCCGGGACAGCGGCCGGCUGGACAAGGCGUCGCCCGACUCUCGCCAUAGCCCGGCCACCAUCUCAUCCAGCACCCGUGGCCUGGGCGCCGAGGAGCGCCGGAGCCCGGGCCGCGAGGGGGCGGUGACGGCCAAGGCCGAGGAGGCGCGCGCGCUGCCGGGCAAGGAGGCCUUCGCACCACUCACGGUGCAGACGGACGCGGCUGCCGCGCACCUGGGCCAGGGCCCCCUGCCGGGGCUCGGCUUCGCCCCCGGCCUGGCGGGCCAGCAGUUCUUCAACGGGCACCCGCUCUUCCUGCACCCAGGCCAGUUUGCCAUGGGGGGCGCCUUCUCCAGCAUGGCUGCUGGCAUGGGGCCCCUACUGGCCACCGUGUCGGGAGCCUCGACCGGCGUCUCGGGCCUGGAUUCCACAGCCAUGGCCUCCGCUGCGGCGGCGCAGGGACUGUCGGGAGCGUCGGCGGCCACCCUGCCCUUCCACCUCCAGCAGCACGUCUUGGCUUCUCAGGGCCUGGCCAUGUCGCCUUUCGGAAGCCUGUUCCCCUACCCCUACACAUACAUGGCGGCCGCGGCGGCUGCCUCCUCGGCGGCAGCCUCCAACUCGGUGCACCGCCACCCUUUCCUGAACCUGAACACCAUGCGUCCGCGCCUGCGCUACAGCCCCUAUUCCAUCCCCGUGCCGGUGCCUGACAGCAGCGGCCUGCUCACCACCCUGCCGUCUAUGGCGGCGGCCGCGGGGCCUCUGGACGGCAAAGCCGCCACCCUGGCCGCUAGCCCGGCCUCGGCGGCCGUGGACUCGGGCUCGGAACUCAACAGCCGCUCCUCCACGCUCUCCUCCAGCUCCGUGUCCAUGUCGCCCAAACUCUGCGCGGAGAAGGAGGCGGCCACCAGCGAGCUGCAGAGUAUCCAGCGAUUGGUCAGCGGCUUGGAAGCCAAGCCCGACAGGUCCCGCAGCGCAUCCCCGUAA